CCACAUGCGCGGUGGGGAACUUUCUGGCAUUGAUAUUCGGGAUAGCAGAGCAGAAGUGGACUUACUUCGUCGCCGUGCAGACCGUUAGACAGAUCACUACUGUGGAUUGAGCGCUUUCGUUCGUUACUCUGUCCAGUGGACGUGUCAAGACAACUCAUUGAUUUCUGGUGUUCCACCAUGAAGUUAAUCCUAGCCAGUGUGCUGUGCUUACUGGUUGCCAACUCGUUGGCUUCCAAAGACGAGAAAGACAAGGCCAAGGAGGUUGGCACUGUUAUUGGUAUUGAUUUGGGAACAACUUACUCCUGUGUUGGUGUCUACAAAAAUGGCCGCGUUGAAAUUAUUGCUAAUGACCAGGGUAACCGUAUUACUCCCUCUUAUGUGGCCUUUACCGCUGAGGGUGAGCGUCUGAUUGGUGAUGCUGCCAAGAACCAGCUUACCUCCAAUCCUGAGAACACCGUCUUUGAUGCAAAGCGUCUGAUUGGACGUGAAUGGACGGACGCCACUGUCCAGGCUGACAUUAAGUUCUUCCCAUUCAAAGUGAUUGAGAAGAAUAGCAAGCCCCAUGUUGUUGUGAAGACUGGACAGGGAGACAAGACCUUUGCACCUGAAGAGAUCUCUGCCAUGGUUCUUGGUAAAAUGAAGGAAACUGCUGAAGCUUACCUUGGAAAGAAGGUCACUCAUGCUGUUGUCACCGUCCCUGCCUACUUCAAUGAUGCCCAGCGUCAAGCAACCAAGGAUGCUGGUACCAUCUCUGGCCUGAAUGUUAUGCGUAUUAUCAAUGAGCCUACUGCUGCUGCUAUUGCCUACGGGUUGGACAAGCGUGAAGGCGAAAAGAAUGUCCUUGUUUUCGAUCUUGGCGGUGGUACUUUUGAUGUCUCCCUGCUGACCAUUGAUAAUGGUGUCUUUGAGGUUGUUUCUACCAACGGUGACACCCAUUUGGGUGGUGAAGACUUUGAUCAAAGAGUUAUGGACCACUUCAUCAAGCUGUACAAAAAGAAGAAGGGCAAAGACAUCCGCAAGGAUAACCGUGCUGUCCAGAAGCUCCGUCGUGAGGUUGAAAAGGCCAAGCGUGCCCUCUCCUCCAGCCACCAAGUCCGCAUUGAAAUUGAAAGCUUCUUCGAGGGUGAUGACUUCUCUGAAACUCUUACUCGUGCCAAGUUUGAAGAGCUCAACAUGGAUCUUUUCCGCUCCACAAUGAAGCCAGUUCAGAAGGUUCUGGAAGAUGCUGACAUGAACAAGAAGGAUGUUGAUGAAAUUGUGUUGGUUGGUGGUUCCACUCGUAUCCCUAAAGUUCAACAACUCGUGAAAGAAUUCUUCAACAACAAGGAGCCUUCCCGUGGUAUCAACCCUGAUGAAGCUGUUGCUUAUGGUGCAGCUGUCCAGGCUGGUGUUCUCUCUGGUGAACAAGACACUGAUGCUAUUGUCCUUUUGGAUGUGAACCCUCUUACCCUGGGUAUUGAAACUGUUGGAGGUGUAAUGACAAAGCUCAUCCCCCGCAACACUGUCAUCCCUACCAAGAAGUCACAGAUCUUCUCAACAGCUGCUGACAACCAGCACACUGUUACCAUUCAAGUGUAUGAAGGUGAACGUCCCAUGACCAAGGACAACCACCAGCUUGGCAAAUUUGAUCUUACUGGCAUUCCUCCUGCUCCACGUGGUGUUCCCCAAAUUGAGGUCACUUUCGAAAUUGAUGCCAACGGUAUUCUGCAGGUGUCUGCUGAGGACAAGGGAACUGGCAACCGUGAAAAGAUCGUCAUCACCAAUGAUCAGAACAGGCUCACUCCUGAGGACAUUGACCGCAUGAUCAAGGAUGCUGAGAGGUUCUCUGAUGACGACAAGAAACUGAAGGAGCGUGUAGAAGCCAGGAAUGAACUUGAGUCUUAUGCCUACUCUCUCAAGAACCAACUUGGUGACAAGGACAAAUUGGGAGCUAAGCUGAGCGAUUCUGACAAAACCAAGAUGGAAGAGGCAAUUGAGGAGAAAAUCAAGUGGCUUGAUGAAAACCAGGACACUGACACUGAAGCUUACAGGAAGCAGAAGAAGGAAUUGGAAGAAGUUGUACAGCCCAUUAUUACCAAGUUGUACCAGGGUGCUGGUGGAGCAGGUGGUGCACCUCCACCAAGCAAUGCUGAUGAUGAUGAACUGAAGGACGAGCUUUAAGACUGCCAACCUCAAUUUAGGAGAAUUUUAAUUAAUUGCCUUGGGUCACAAAUUGGCUCAAGUUUGUGGAAUUGAAGACAGUAACAAAGUGAACAGCCAAGACAUUGACAAGUUUUGAUUUUGUGCUGGACCAGCUGUGAUUUAUUUUGUAAAAUAGUUUGACAGAGCACAAGGGGCUGUUGCUCUAUGGGGAAGACCUUUGCAAUGCUUCCAGUAGAGCACAACGAUGAACUGAAUUUUAAAUCUUUGAAAUUGCUGUCCUAAAGUCCAAAUUUAUCUUCAAUUACAACACACUAGCACCAGAGCAAUCCAUUCAUCACAUUAGAAAUCAUCUCCAUACCUAGUGUUUUUUAAUUAUUGUCACAGUAUUCUGUGGUUUGCUCUUGGGUCCUUGUGUGUUGCUUCUUGUGUUUAAGUACUCCAGUUGUAUGGAGCCCUUGACCACAAGAUUUUUUUUUUCUAGAAGACAAAGCACCUAAGGACUGAAAUUACUAUGGUGCCUCCCGGCUAGUGUGACUGAUACCCUGUGAUGUGUCCCGUGUCAUUUUAUUUCAUUCCGAACCCCUGCUGCAUUAUUUAUUUUCAGAGAUGCCAAAGAUACUGUAAAGAUUUUGGCACCUCUGUUAGUACAAGCAAUUUCUGUAAUAAUUGAUACUUUAACUUCUCUAUCCCAUUAGUGUUAUCUGAAGUAGCGCUAUGUAUAUUUAUUUGAACUGAAACAAUGUUGGUGUAAAAUUGAGAUAAUGAGGCAGUGUACUUAUUAUAUAAGUACUUGUCACUUCAGUAAGAUCACUGUUAAACACUUCAAUAUUGAAUAUGUUUGUUACAAGAGAUAGUAAGCUGAUCGAACUGUUCAAUGUUUUUGUGUUUGGUAUACAUAUAUAUGUGUGUCCUUUAUAUGAUGUCUAUAUCUGAUAUAUGUAUAUAUGUAUGAAUAAAAAAAAUCUUUUCUUA